UUUUUUUUUAGUGCCACAAAGGUCCACAUAACUGCUUGUUCCUGUUCACAGUGAAAAUGGCUUAACCAGAUGAAUGAAGGGUAGAGAACGCGCAACAGAAAUCAGAGAAUUUUAAACCAAGCUUAUUUCCAAGUGCAGUUAAGCCGAAACAAAGCCCAGGCCUGCCUGCCGGCCUCCAGGUUCUCCUGCCUCGGCGAAGAUAUUCUCUCUGUUUCCUCCGCGCCUGCAGCCAGCUCCCCGUCCCCUUCCCAAACUGUGGCUGAUUUAUCUAAGACUUAGGCUGCUUCACAGUAUUUUGAAAACAAACUAGAAACCUCCUUCCAGUUUUCCAGAGGUGACUAAAUCCAAGAAGCCUUAGGAAUGUAAAGGACAGGACAACGUAAACAACGGUUCUGAGACACUGUGUCUGGCAGCAGUAUGGAAAGUUACUUCUUUCCCUUUUUUGUCCACCAGCAAAGAUGGAAGCUGGAUUUGGUCCAUUGCAUAAAGUGCAGUGACCGGUGCAUAAAUUUGCUAUUCGAUCUUGGAAAAACUCUAAGGAUCUAGAGUUAGCCGAGGGGUUGCAGCAAUGCUGGUGUUUCAAAGGGCCUAGAAAAGCCAAAAGUCCGGGCUAACCAGCCAUGGUGCCCUGUCUCACGGGCUGCAGGUUUGCCUCCGUUAGCACAGCAGGCGAAACUUUCCCUUGCUCAGAGUCGACAUGACAUGAUUUGUUCCCUUUUGGCUGUGUCAGUUCUGCAAACCAGAUACCAGAGUCUGCAAGCUCAGGAGAGCCUGCCUUUCUGGAACACCAUUUGUUUGGACAGGACAGGCCACUAAGGCGUUUUCAUCUCUUUAAAGCUCCCAGGGCAGAGAGCAUAUUUGAGGAAUUCCUUUUUUCAAAGAUUUUUUUUUUUUUUUUUGCCCCUUCCAACAUUUUGUUUAAGAGAAAAUGAGAUGUCUAUCUUCUGUUUCCUUAUUUUUUUUCAGGAAAGCAAAGGGUUGUUGACUUCCUCCCUCUCCCCUCCCUUCCUUCCUUCUUCCCGAAGGUACUCAUCUGAGAAAAAGAGAACGAAGUAUUGUUCCUGUUCUCUUUCUUAAGUCAUUUGAAACACUGUCCCUGCGAGUUCUUUAAGUUCCCUGUAAUCUGUACACAAGAGAAAGAGGGAGAGAGUGAGGGAGAGAGACACAGAGAGCAGGGAUCAGGUAAAGGAUUGAGGCUGCUGCAGCCAUUCAGACCUCAGGAGCUGCAGAUUAUUGAGCAUCUACUUUGAGCCAGGCAUGAUGCUGGGGACUUGAGAUACAGCGGAAAAUUGCCAAGGAUGCAGAAGGAAAUGAAGAUGAUCAAAGAUGAGGAUAUGCAUUUCAACCUGGGUGUGAAGAGGACCCCCUCCUUUCCCCACUGCCUGCAGCCAGGGGCUUCCCGAGGGAAAGCCCCCCCAAGACACCCCUUCCCAGAAGCUCUCCGGGGACCCUUUUCCCAGUUCCGGUAUGAACCUCCUCCAGGAGAUCUAGACGGAUUCCCCGGGGUCUUCGAGGGAGGUGGGUCUCGGAAACGGAAGAGCAUGCCCACGAAGAUGCCCUACAGCCACCCUGCAGGAGAAGCCACUGCCGCCCUCCACUCCGAGGAGAGCAAAACCCACGGCCUCCCCAACCUGCCUUUGCUGUUCCCGCAGCCCCCGCGCCCCAAGUACGACUCUCAGAUGAUCGACCUGUGCAACGUGGGCUUCCAGUUCUACCGCAGCCUGGAGCACCUGGGGGGCAGGCCCGUCAAGCAGGAGCCCAUUAAGCCCAGCGCCGUGUGGCCGCAGCCGACACCCGCUCCGUUCCUGCCCACGCCCUUCCCCUGCUACCCCAAAGUCCACCCGGGCCUCGUGUUCCCCUUGUUCGUGCCCUCGGCCUCGCCCUUCCCCUUCAGCCGGCACACCUUCCUGCCCAAGCAGGCCCCGGAGCCUCUGCUGCCCCGCAAAGCCGAGCCCCAGGAGAGCGAGGAGACCAAGCAGAAGGUGGAGAGGGUGGACGUCAACGUCCAGAUCGACGACAGCUACUACGUGGACGUGGGCGGCGCGCAGAAGCGCUGGCAGUGCCCCACCUGCGAGAAGUCCUACACCUCCAAGUACAACCUGGUGACGCACAUCCUGGGCCACAGCGGCAUCAAGCCGCACGCGUGCACCCGCUGCGGGAAGCUCUUCAAGCAGCUCAGCCACCUGCACACCCACAUGCUGACCCACCAGGGCACGCGGCCGCACAAAUGCCAGGUGUGCCACAAGGCCUUCACCCAGACCAGCCACCUGAAGCGCCACAUGAUGCAGCACAGCGAGGUGAAGCCGCACAACUGCCGCGUGUGCGGCCGGGGCUUCGCCUACCCCAGCGAGCUCAAGGCCCACGAGGCCAAGCACGCCAGCGGGCGGGAGAACAUCUGCGUGGAGUGCGGCCUCGACUUCCCCACCCUGGCCCAGCUCAAGAGGCACCUCACCACGCACCGCGGCCCCAUCCAGUACAACUGCUCCGAGUGCGACAAGUCCUUCCAGUACCCGAGCCAGCUGCAGAACCACAUGAUGAAGCACAAGGACAUCCGGCCCUACAUCUGCUCCGAGUGCGGCAUGGAGUUCGUGCAGCCCCACCACCUCAAGCAGCACUCCCUCACCCACAAGGGCGUAAAGGAGCACAAAUGUGGCAUCUGCGGGCGGGAGUUCACCCUGCUGGCCAACAUGAAGCGCCACGUGCUGAUCCACACCAACAUCCGUGCCUACCAGUGUCACCUCUGCUACAAGAGCUUCGUGCAGAAACAGACCCUCAAAGCGCACAUGAUUGUCCACUCGGAUGUGAAGCCUUUCAAAUGCAAGCUAUGUGGGAAGGAAUUCAACCGGAUGCACAACCUGAUGGGCCACAUGCACCUGCACUCAGACAGCAAACCCUUCAAGUGCCUCUACUGCCCCAGCAAAUUCACCCUGAAGGGGAACCUGACACGCCACAUGAAGGUCAAGCACGGUGUCAUGGAGCGGGGCCUUCAUUCCCAAGGUCUGGGAAGGGGGCGGAUCGCCCUGGCGCAGACGGCCGGUGUCCUGCGAAGUCUGGAGCAGGAGGAGCCCUUCGACCUGUCUCAGAAGCGCGGGGCCAAGGGGCCCUUGUUCCAGUCGGAUGGCGAGAGCGCCCGGGGCAGCCCCUGCCACGAGGACGACGACGAAGACAACUGCUACGAGGUGGAGCCCUACAGCCCUGGCCUGGGUCCCCACCGCCAGCAGCGCUGCGCGCCCAGGGAUCUGUCCGCCAAGCCUGAGCAGGCCCCAGGGGCGCAGGGGGCAGCCUGCAAGGAGGAGGAGGAGGAGGACGUGCCCAGAGAAGAGUGGGAGGAGGGGAGCAAGGGCGACAGUGGGGCAGAGGAGGGUUGCGCCCGCAGGGACGAGAGUCUCAGCCUCAGGGCUCUUCAGAGCACCCCGCGGGGCCCCUCUUUUUCUGAUUACUUAUACUUCAAGCACAGAGAUGGGAGUUUAAAAGAAUUACUGGAGAGGAAAAUGGAAAAACAAGCAGUGCUUUUAGGUAUCUAAGUGAACAGUUUUCAGAUUGCAUUUGGAAAAUGAGAGCUAGGCAGUUCAAGUACAGCUUUCUGCAUGAACUGUCAUUUGCUGGGGGCAGGCGGCUAGUGCCAGUCUUCACAAAUGGCUCAGACUAAAUGAGCAGGGACCGUCCCAGGCAAUGCAAAUGCUUCUCAGGUCGUUCACUGGGCCCUUGCUACUACUGCUAACACACGUGUGUCUUCUGCGGUGUGAUUUUAUGUAGUGUAAAGAACUGUGCAUAUUCUUCUAGAUAUCUCAUUGUAAGCUGAUGCUGAGGUGCUUUAGAAGUUCUAUUUUCCUUUGACUAAUAUGCUAUACAUGGUAAAUUUCUAGUUGCAAAAAAAUGGUGCUUGACGUGUUUUACCUUAUUAAUAACUAUUUAGUUGAAUUAGUGAAAGCUAUAAUAUUUUUCCUGAUAGAUGAAAAUAUUAGUAGUUGUAUAUACAAAAAUAGCUUUUUUUAAAUAACCAAAAAUACCAGAAAUGACCCAGGAGGAUGAGCUAUUAAAGAGGAUGUUUUCAAGUCGUUGCUGCAGUUAGAUAAAAUUUCAGGACAAGAUGAAUAAUUUUGACUACUCGAAAACCAGCCAUACUUAGAUUCCACCUGGAAUACUUAGAUUCUCUUGUUCUGCUUCAGCUACCUUCGUGGGGUGAGGCAUUUGGAAUGUAUUUUCAGAUGCCUCGGCAGUGCUCAGGGGCCCUGGCUCCCCAGACCACCCCCAUGUCCCAAGCAGAGCUCCCCCCUUGAGACCAUGGCCACCUGGCUCUGAAGUCUCAUGUCCCGUAAGACAGCUGCAGGAAGUGUUGUCACCAGUGAGCAGGGCAUCACCCCUCAGUGCUGGAGCUAAGGGGGUGAUCUGGAGGAAUUCUCCCUGAAAUCUCAGCUCUGUCUAAUAGUAUUGGAAGAAUCAUCAGCUAAUCACUGGUAAGGAAGCCUCUGGGCUGUGUUCUCAGCGCUGACUGUACAUUACAAUCAUCUGGGGAAGCCUUUUAAAAAAUACCAAGGCCAGGGCCUCACUCCCUGAGAUCCUGAUGUAAUUGGUCUGGAGUGGAGCCCCAGGAGCCCUAGUUUCCACAUUGCCCCAGGUGAUUCUUAUGUGCAGCCAAGGCUGAGAAAGAUUGACUGGGCUAAAAUAGCACUCGCCCAUUCCUGUAGCUUCCAGGGCUCCUCCCAGGGACUCUGUAAAUAUUCCUGUUCCUGGCUUCAGACUUGUUAAGGUAGGAACAGGAGACCACACAAUCAUACUGCUGAUUUAGGCCUUCUAGCCUGUUCUGUAAGAGCCUCACAAGGGGAAACACACACACACACACACACACACACACACACACACACACACACACACACUGAAAAGAUAGACGCGUUUUACAGUAGAAGAUGAUGCCUGUGAUGUUUAUGGUCACCUCAUACGUUGAGAGAUGCAUGGCUGGCCUAUGGUGACUGAUUGUUUCCUCCCAGAUGCUGCACCUUGAUUCCAGUGAGCAAUGACAACUCAAAGAGUGUGUUGGUCCCUGCAAGAAGGCCUUAAUUAGCAAUGACCCUGAGAGAGCGACACUGACAAGGUGUUGCAUGUGUGACCGAGCAUGAGCAGUGACCCUUUGGUACUGUGUCUGGGUUUAUGUGAGAACUGCCUCUUUGUUGGUAGUUUCAUCUCCUAUUUGUAGAGCUAGGUACUGUUUGUUAUCUUGCUUCCUCUCCUUCCACACUUCUCAGUACAUUUCUUUAGAAAUGCAUCCCUCUCCAGCUGCUGGGUGCUGCCUUUUCUGUGGGCCUAGGUGCUCCCCUGCUGAUCUCAUCCUUCACUGUGUGCUUGUCAGUCCCUGGCCCAUUUCUCCCGUCACCUCGUCACCUCGCCUCAAGCUCUUUCCUUCAGCCUCACCGCUACCCCUAAGGGUUCCAGCUCCCAAGCCCUGAGGUCAGAGCACCUGCAAACAGGAUGGAGAAGAGAAGAUGUAGGUUUCUGCGGUUACAAGCAUGACUCUGGGCCAGGAGUUCCAAUUCCUUAGAAGGGCAAGUUCCCUUCCACUCACGAUUCAUUUGGCUCAUCAAUGCCUCUGCUGAAGGUGCCCUGGAGGCCUGCGGAGGAGCCUGGGAGGCCUCCAGCUCUCAGGGUCCAGCUACAUACCUAUUCAUACAGCAGCCGUGUGUUGAGGGCCUGCUGAGUGCUGGGCCUGACCACAGGUGUGCCAACUGCCAGCUGGGACCCAGUGUGCCCGGCUGGAAUAGGAACCAGGGAGAUCUAGAGUAGCAGGCUCUAGUCCUUUCCAGCCAAAACAAAUCACGGGAGAAUGUUUGAGGAAUCAGUUAAUGUUGAGAUGGAAAGAGUACAGUCUAGAAUGGUGGUUUUCCAACUGUGUUUUGAGGAGCCAGAGGUUGCCCUUAGGCCCCCGAAGGGCUGCUGAGGGGUGAGGGGAGAAACCCUCAGUGCCCCGUGCUCACUUCACUCAGAGUGGCUCAAAUUUCAUCUGUGUUGACUAUUAGCAUUCUAAGUCACAUUUUAUCCAUAGGGAAGAAAAUGUAAGUCUAGGAGAAGUAACAAGAAUUUAUUAUGGUGUGUAUUCCAAGGCCUGUUUUUAGUCUUUAACUCUGGGUAGGAGAGACUUAAUUAGAUCUAACCUGAUGGUUAAUAUAGCACUGACCUUCCAAGAACCAAGGCUAAAACCUUUGUUUUGUAUGUUGAGUGAUCAACAUCCUGGUUUGCCUGGGACAGAACUGGUUUAGACCUGUUGUCUCAAGGGUAAUUACUAAUAAUAUCAUCUUUAUUAUCAAAAGUAUCCCAGUUUGGGUGCGAAAUGGCAUGGAUACCCUAAGCAUGAGCACAGAGCUAAGGGAGGGGUUGGCCAACCUUGCUUAACAAGCUGAUUAACCAGAGGCAAGCCAGAAGGGGAGCCAUGGGGCCAUCUCAGAAAACUGAGGGAUCAAGCCUUCCAAGGUUACCAGCACACCAAGGCCAGGAUAGCAUGACACUCGUCACGUGUGACACUCUGAAAAUAGGUCACUACCAAAUGCUUUCCAGGCUUUUGACCAUCAUUACUUUGAACCAACCAAUGGACCAGCCAAGUGGCAUAUUUUUCUUUUAUCCUUUUUAUUCAUUCCUAUGAUUACCACUCUUGUUCCCUUUCAAUUCUGCUUUUAUUCUUUCUUUUCAAAAAUUUGACUCUGCGUUGGCCAUGAGACAGAGGCUGACCUUUCACAAACCCAUGAGAGUAACUGUUACGUUUGUAUAUGAGUAGUUGCAUGAGAAAGCUCAGUGUGCAUACUGUAUUUAUUAAGCCCUGAAGGCAUUUAAUAAAAUAUUAGCAUUGUGUUUUGAAUUAUGAUCUUUGUCUGCUUUUCUGGAACAAAAUGUAACAGAGCUAACAUUGAAAAUCCUUUGCAUAUUUGGACAACAUUACACCAAAUGUUGGUUUUGUACAGAACUCUGGCUUGCUAUUUAAAAACUAAAAUUCCAAGUAUACAGCAGCCCAAGUUGUGAAUAUUGCUUUCUGCUUUAGUGAAAAAGCAGUUUACCUGAAAAUAGCAUGUAACCUAUAUUUUGUUAAUUUAAACAAAUAAAGACAUGUUG